AUGGCGAUAGCAGUGGGAGUUGGUGUGGCUGAGUGGGCAUGGUGGCUGGCCCUCACCCUCGGCGCCGUCCCGCUGUUCUGCCUCGCCGUCUGGCAGUCCGCCGACGCGUGGUACCGCGCCGCCUUCUUCCUCAGGCACGGCGGCCGGCGCCGCCUCCCGCCGGGCCACAUGGGCCUGCCCUUCCUCGGCGAGACGCUCUCCUUCGUCUGGCACUUCAAGCUCGCGCGCCGCCCGGACGACUUCAUCGCCGCAAAGAGGCGCGCGCACGGCGCCGGGGCCGGCAUCUACCGGACGCACCUCUUCGGCUCCCCCGCCGUCAUCGCGUGCUCUCCGACGGCCAACAAGUUCGUGUUCCAGUCCGCCGAUAACUUCGGCAUACGGUGGCCCGUGCCGGAGCUCAUCGGCCACAAGUCCAUGGUCAACAUCGAGGGCGCCAGCCACGCUAGGCUUCGUGGGAUCAUCCUCACCGCCAUCAACCGCCCCAGCUCCCUUCGGACCAUCGCCGCCGUCGUGCAGCCGCGUGUUGUGGCGGCGCUGGCCGCGUGGGCAGACAUGGGGACAAUCGUUGCCUCCACCGAGAUCAAGAAAGUGACGUUCGCGAACAUAUUCAAAAUGUUCAUAAGCAUGGAGCCGUCGCCAUUGACGGAGCAGAUCGACCAGUGGUUCGGCAGCCUGAUGGCUGGCCUCAGGGCAUUCCCCUUGGAUCUUCCAGGGACAAAAUUUCACGGUGCUCGCAAGUGCCGUCGGAAGCUGAACGCGGUCUUCCGGCAUGAGCUGGAGGCAAGGAAGAAGGUGGACAAGAAGUGUGAUGAUCUCAUGAGCGGGCUGAUGUGCACCGAUGAUGAGUAG